AUGGAAAAAGGAAAGAAUGUUAUGAAUCAUAUUAACAUAAAUGAUGAGAUUGAUGCCAUUGCUACACAAAGCAUGAAGAAUGUGAGUAGGAUUGAAAAAUCAAUUGCAAAGAAAAAACGGGAUGUAGAGAAGACACUAGUUGUAGUUAAUGUGAUGAGACACGAAGGAAGGGAACAAAAUUCUAUGGCUGGUGAGAAUGGUAAUGUAGUUGUAACAAAGACCAAACAAAACCGCGUUCUUUCCAAUGAUAUUUAUGUUGCAAAAUCAACAUUGGAAAAAGGAAAGGCUAUUAUGAAAGCUACUAAGGUAGAAGAUGAGAUAGAUGACAUUAACAAUGUUGCAUAA